CUGAGGAACUCCAGCAGGUUAACGGGUUUGUGUGGUCCGGCUGCAGACGCCAUGAGUCUGGACGAAGACGCCCGUUGGCUGGAAUGGGUGACCAGGCAGUUUGAGAGCAUCGCCGGAGACGACAAAGAGAUCGACCUGGACGAGUUCAAGACGGCGCUGAAGGUGAAAGAGUCUUUCUUCGCCGAGCGUUUCUUCGCUCUGUUCGACUCUGACGGCAGCAGCUCCAUCAGCCUGGACGAGCUGCUCAAGGCUCUGGACCUGCUCAUCCACGGCAGCGAGACCGACAAGCUGCACUUCCUGUUCCAGGUCUACGACGUGGACGGAAGCGGCUCCAUCGACCCCGACGAGCUCCGCACGGUGCUGAAGUCCUGUCUGCGUGAGAGCGCCAUCUCUCUGCCGGAGGAGAAGCUGGACGACCUGACGCUGGCGCUGUUCGAGUCGGCUGAUAAAGACAACAGCGGCGCCAUCACCUUCGAGGAGCUCAAGGCCGAGUUGGAGACCUUCCCAGAGGUGAUGGAGAACCUCACUAUCAGCGCCGCUAACUGGCUGAAGCCUCCAGAUGUGGACCAGAAGAAGCGCCAGACCCCCCGGUACCUGACCCGGGCCUACUGGCACAACAACAGCCGGAAGCUCCUGUUCCUGGUGGGCUACGCUCUGCUCAGCCUGGCGCUAUUCGUCGGCGCCGUCCUCCAGAACCGACACGGAGGCGCCUGGUUCAUGGUCGCCAAGGGGUGUGGCCAGUGCCUCAACUUCAACUGCACCUUCGUGGUGGUGCUGAUGCUGCGUCGCUGUCUAACCUGGCUCAGGGCCACCUGGGUCCUCAGAGUCCUACCGCUGGACCAGAACAUCCUGCUACAUCAGAUGGUCGGCUACGCCAUCCUCUGCUUCACCCUGGUCCACACCACCGCCCACGUCUUCAACUUCGUCCAGAUGUCGGAGGCUGGGGAGUUCAGCCUGUGGGAGUACCUGCUGACCACGCGGCCGCGGAUCGGUUGGGUGAAGGGGACAGCGUCUCUGACCGGCGUCUUCCUCCAGCUGGUCAUCUGCCUCAUGGUGCUCUGCUCCAGCACCUUCGUACGACGCAGCGGGCACUUUGAGGUGUUCUACUGGUCCCAUCUGUCCUAUGUGUGGGUCUGGUCUCUGCUGAUGAUUCACUGUGCAAACUUCUGGAAGUGGUUCUUGGUCCCUGGUCUGGUCUUUCUGCUGGAGAAGAUUGUGGGGAUCGCGGUGUCUCGUAUGGGAGGUCUUUACAUCGUGGAGGUCAACCUGCUGCCGUCCAAGGUCACUCAUCUGGUCAUCAAACGUCCUCAGUUCUUUCACUUCAAACCUGGAGACUACGUCUACAUCAACAUCCCAGUGAUCGCCAAGUACGAGUGGCACCCCUUCACCAUCAGCAGCGCCCCCGAGCAGUCAGAUUCUCUGUGGCUGCACAUCCGGUCCAUGGGCCAGUGGACCAACCGGCUCUAUGAGUACUUCAGGGAACCGGAGAACCAGGAGCUCAGCCCCCAGAGGCUGGCCACCAGCCUGAGGAGGCGCAGACAGGAGCUGAAGGAGGAGAUGUUCAGCUCGGACGAGUGUAACGGGGCCGUGGCGUCUAACGAGGACGACGCCGUGGAGCUGACCAUGUACCGUCAGAGUGGGCUGGGCUCCCAGGUCCAGACGGCCCCUGAUGAACAGGGACCAGCAGAGAGAGGAGAGGCCCCCCCACUCAAAGAGAAUUCUGCCAAGUUUGGAGAGAAUCACCGAUUCUGUAACAUCAGGUGUUACGUGGACGGACCGUACGGGACGCCGACGCGUCAGAUCUUUGCCUCAGAACACGCCGUCCUCAUCGGGGCCGGAAUCGGGAUCACGCCGUUCGCCUCCAUCCUGCAGAGCAUCAUGUACCGGUACCGUCGCAGGAAGCAGAACUGUCCCAGCUGCAACUACUCGUGGUGCGAGAACAUUAAAGACAGCGACAUGAAGCUACGCAAAGUCGACUUCAUCUGGAUCAACAGAGACCAGAAAUCCUUCGAGUGGUUCGUUAGUUUACUGACAAAACUGGAGAUGGACCAAGCUGACGAGGAACCAGAGGGUCGUUUCCUGGAGAUGCACAUGUACAUGACGUCAGCUCUCAGUAAGAACGACAUGAAGGCCAUCGGCCUGCAGAUGGCGCUAGACCUCCUGGCCAAGAAGGAGAAGAGAGACUCCAUCACCGGCCUGAGGACCAGAACCCAACCGGGACGCCCUGAGUGGGCCAAGGUGUUUCAGAAAGUGUCGGAGGAGAACAAAGGAAAGGUUCACGUGUUUUACUGUGGAUCUCCAGCUCUGGCCAAAGUCAUCAAAGCUCAGUGUGAACACUUCGGCUUCAACUUCUACAAAGAAAACUUCUGAGGAUUCAACCACAACCUCCACACCUUCAACAUCAACACUCACCUCGUCUCACCUGGUCUGGCCUCACCUGGUCUGGCCUCACCUGGUCUGGUCUCACCUCGUCUCACCUGGUCUGGCCUCACCUGGUCUGGCCUCACCUG